ACCUUCCUGCUCCUCCGCCAGGUCUCCGGGCUGGCUCUCUCUGCUGUGGACCCUUCACCCUGCCGGAGGGCAGGGGCCGCUGCCUCCAGGAUGGCGAGAUGGCUGCCUCGCUCCACCGACCUGACCCGCUUCUGCCAGAAACUCAACCGGGUGAAGACCUUGGAGGACGACAUGAUGGAGACAUCCUUCAACAGAUGCCUUUCCACCAUCGACUUGACACUGCUGGGCAUCGGGGGCAUGGUGGGCUCCGGGCUCUACGUCCUCACGGGCACCGUGGCCAAGGAGAUCGCCGGCCCCGCCGUCAUCGUCUCCUUCAUCAUUGCCGGCUUUGCCUCACUCCUGGCUGCUCUCUGCUACGCUGAGUUUGGAGCCCGGGUACCCAAGACGGGCUCUGCCUACAUGUUCACCUACGUGUCCGUGGGUGAGAUCUGGGCCUUCCUCAUCGGCUGGAACGUGCUGCUGGAGUACAUGAUCGGGGGAGCCGCGGUGGCCAGGGCCUGGAGCGGCUACCUGGACUCCAUCUUCAACCACAAGAUAAAGAACUUCACCGAGACCCAUGUGGGCACCUGGCAGGUGCCAUUCCUGGCCCGCUACCCCGACUUUCUGGCGGCCGCCAUCCUGCUGGUAGCCACCGCCUUCAUCUCCUUCGGGGCCAAAGUGUCCUCCUGGCUCAACCACGUCUUCUCGGCCAUCAGCAUGGGUGUCAUCCUCUUCAUUCUCAUCAUGGGCUUUGUCCUCGCGCAGCCUAAGAACUGGAGCGCCCAGGAGGGCGGCUUCGCCCCGUACGGGCUGUCGGGCAUCAUGGCUGGCACGGCCACCUGCUUCUACGCCUUUGUGGGCUUCGACGUCAUCGCGGCCUCCAGCGAAGAGGCCAGGAACCCGCAGAGGGCUGUCCCCAGGGCCAUCGCUUUCUCCUUGGGGCUGGCCACCGGGGCGUACAUCCUGGUGUCGGUGGUGCUGACGCUGAUGGUGCCCUGGCACACGCUGGACCCUGACUCUGCCCUGGCAGAUGCGUUUUACAGGAGGGGCUAUGCCUGGGCAGGGUUCCUGGUGGCCGCUGGCUCUAUCUGCGCGAUGAACACGGUCCUGUUGAGCAACCUCUUCUCCCUGCCGCGCAUUGUCUACGCCAUGGCUGAGGACGGGCUCUUCUUUCGGGUCUUCGCCCGAGUGCAUCCCCGCACGCAGGUGCCCGUCGUCGGCAUCGUGGUCUUCGGGCUGCUCAUGGCCCUGCUGGCCCUUGUCUUUGACCUGGAGGCCCUGGUGCAGUUCCUGUCCAUCGGCACGCUGCUGGCCUACACCUUUGUGGCCGCUAGCAUCAUCGUCCUGCGCUUCCAGCAGCAGAAGGUGGACGUCCCCGCGCCGGCGGCUGGUGCCCGGCCCAGCCCCGAGCCCCACGAGGGUCCAUCUGCCGGCGAGCUGAAGGAGUAUGAGUCCUUCUCCGACAAGCUCCAGCUGGUGGACAGGGACAAGAGCAAAGAGCACCGGGAGCCGGGGCAGCUGAAGGCAGCUUUUGAGCCCUACCUGGAGUUCCUCAGCGACUUCUACCCAGGCGAGGUAGUCACGGUGGCCGUGGUGACCCUGAUGGUGUCCGCCAUCUGCCUCUGCUCCAUCUUGGUGUUCGGCAACACCCACCUCCACCUGCCCACCUGGAGCUACUCCCUGCUGCUGGUCCUCUUCAGCCUGGGCUUCCUGCUCAGCCUCCUCCUCAUCUGGGCGCACGAGCAGCAGCGCAGCACGCAGACCUUCCAGAUCCCCCUGGUACCCCUCUCCCCGGCGCUGAGCAUCGUCCUCAAUAUCUAUCUGAUGCUGAAACUCAGCUACAUGACGUGGCUCCGCUUCGCCGUCUGGCUGCUCUUAGGCCUGCUCGUGUACUUCGGUUAUGGCAUCUGGCACAGCAAGGAGAACCUGCGGGAGCCCAGGCCGCAGCGUGUCAGCGCCCGCUACGUGGUGUUCCCCAGCGGCAGCCUGGAGGAGAGGGUGCAGGCGGUCCAGCCCGGCUCCCAGCCCGCCGCUGGGCUGCCAGACACCGACACCGAUGACUGCAAAAGAUGACACCCUGGGGGAUGGGGGCACCUGGCUAUGGGAGCAUCUGACCCCCUCCCUGCAGCGAGGCCAGAGACCCCCCCCCUCCUUCUCCUGGUCCCUUUGACAGCGGAGCCACUGGGGCUGCCCCGGGUGUGGGGCUCCAUCCAGAGAUGACGAAGAUGCUCACCCUUCCCCACCCGCUCCGCACAGAGCGUGGGGCUGGGGGGGGGCUGGCUCCCUCCCUCCCCAUCCCCAGCACUCAGGAACUGGGUCUCGGCCCCCUCAGCCCAGGGCCUGCCCUGCUCACGAGGAGCAGCAGAUCUUCCCGCUGGCCUGUCCGCGCAGCCGGGGAUGCAGAGGGUCCCCGGGGACCGGGGCAGGCAGCCCAGUGCUGCCCAUCCUGGGUCUCAUCUGGCUGCAGCGUGGGCUCUUGCUGCAGCCCUGCGGAGCCCCCCUGCCUCCUGCGGAGCCCACUGGCAUCCCUGCCAUCCCCAACCCCAGGGCCGCUCUCCUAAAAGGCUGGGGCUGAGGAGCAGCUGGGGACAUGAGAUGGAGAAGGGACAUCACCAGAGUGAGUAGCUGGGCAGGGACCCCGGGAAAGCCAGUGCGGGCUGGCGCGGCAGACGCCCCACUGCAUCUUCCCAGCCGCUGCCGUCGGCUCUUCCAGGGUGGGCUGGGGGCCGUGCCCGGCUGGAAGCCCGGCUGGAAGGUCAUGCCAGGGCCAGGCUCUUGCCCCAGCCCUGAGCUGGGUGUGGGCACUCCAGACCCCAGAUUUGUUGCCUUGUCCCUGGAGAUCCCCAGCAGCAUCCCUGGGCUGGGCUGCCUGGAGCCAGCUCCCCCCCGCUCCUUCCCCUGUGCCCCAGCAGCACAGCCUGCACUGCUGCCUGCCCCAGCAUGGGGGGCUCAGCCCCCCCGUGAUGCCCUUCCUGGGUUCUCUGUGACUCGGGAUGAGCUCCGCGGGUGCUUUUCGGUAUUGCCCUCUCCCCAGCGAGCAUCCCUGUGCUCUGGGGCUCACCCCGGCUGCCGUGGUGUCGUCGGGGAGGGGGGUCCCCAGCAGCACUGCUGCGGCCCAAACCAGCUGGUUUGCCCAUGGGCAGCCUAAAGUGGAAGGGAAGGAGGUUUUAGCAUGUUUUGGAAGAAAUACAUGGAGGAAACAAUGUCGAGCAUGAGGUUGCCAAACUGCCAGGCCUUGCAGCGUGGACACCCUGCUCCCUGCAGCCGUGCUGGACGUGUAACGUCAUCAGCAUCCUGCGAGGAGCCGGGGACCGCGGGCAAGCUGGUCCCAUUGAUUCUCACUGGCCAGUCCUUGGGGGGGGGCCUACAGGGGCCGUGGGGGGGGGGGGUCUCUGUACGAUACACCGGCUCCUUGGUGAGCCCCUCUGUCUGCCAGCACUGCUCCGCAUCCCGCCUCGCCCCCGCGCUGCCAGCCGAGCAGCGCGUCCCUGCUGUGCUGUGGCCCUGCUUGGCACCUCUGUGUAGUGGCUUGUGAGCAACGGGCUGACUCGGUCACCCUCAUAAAUACUGGUUCUGUGA